UGCGCAGCCCCAAUGUGGCCGGCAGCCGGGACGGCAUGGACAACGAGACAGGCACGGAAUCCCUGGUCAGCCACCGGCGGGAGCGCGCCCGGCGUCGGAACCGUGAGGAGGCUGCCAGGAUUAACGGGCACCCAAGGGGAGAGCGGCGCAGGGAGCUGGGACUGCCCCCGGACAGCGCCUCCACCCUGCUGAGCAGUGAGCUCGAGUCCAGCAGCUUUGUGGACUCGGAUGAGGAUGGCAACACAAGCAGGCUGAGUAGCUCCACGGAGCAGAGCACCUCAUCCCGGCUCAUCCGGAAGCACAAACGCCGGCGGCGGAAGCAGCGUCUGCGACAGACAGACCGGGCUUCAUCCUUCAGCAGCGUCACUGACUCCACCAUGUCCCUGAACAUCAUCACCGUCACACUCAACAUGGGUGAGUCCCGGCCUAUCAGCCUCACAGUGGCCAAGUGCUGGGACCCCACCCCACGGAGCUACUUUACCAUCCCGAGGGCUGACCCAGUACGGCCCAUCGACCCCGCGGCCUGGCUGUCCCACACGGCGGCGCUGGUGGGAGCCCUGCCCCGCUACGGUACGAGUCCCUGCUCCAGUGCCGUCACCCGCACCAGCUCCUCCUCACUAACCAGCUCCGUGCCUGGCGCUCCGCAGCUGGAGGAGGCGCCCCUGACAGUGAAAAGUGACAUGGGCGCCGUGGUGCGCGUCAUGCAGCUGCCAGACUCAGGCCUGGAGAUUCGGGACCGCAUGUGGCUGAAGAUCACCAUCGCCAAUGCUGUCAUUGGCGCAGAUGUGGUGGACUGGCUGUACACACACGUGGAGGGCUUCAAGGAGCGGCGCGAGGCUCGCAAGUACGCCAGCAGCUUGCUCAAGCGCGGCUUCCUGCGGCACACGGUCAACAAGGUCACCUUCUCCGAGCAGUGCUACUACGUCUUCGGGGACCUGUGUGGCCAUCUUGCGGCCCUGAACCUCAACAGUGGCUCUAGCGGCGCCUCGGACCAGGACACGCUGGCUCCGCUGCCCCACCCGGCUGCCUCCUGGCCCCUGGGCCAGGGCUACCCCUACCAGUACCCGGGGCCCCCGCCCUGCUUCCCUCCAGCUUACCAGGACCCCGGCUUCAGCUACGGCAGCGGCAGCACUGGGAGUCAGCAGAGCGAAGAGGGUCCUUCUGGAGGUGGCAAGUGCCAGGGGACCGGGGGCUGGUAUAAGGAGCGCCGGGCGGCCGGCGCCGGGGGCAGUGGCAGCGAGUCAGAGCACGUGGCCCCCAGCGGGGCAGGUGGCAGUGGCUGGCGGGAGCGUCCAGGCAGUCAGCUCAGCCGCGGCAGCAGCCCACGCAGCCAGGUCUUGGCCGCUGCCCCAGGGCUUCCUCCGCUGCACCCCCUGACAAAGGCCUGCACGGCAGUGGGGGGCCCACCUGGGGGGCCACCAGUCCGGGAGCUGGCCGCUGUGCCCCCGGAAUUGACUGGCAGUCGCCAGUCCUUCCAGAAGGCCAUGGGGAACCCCUGUGAGUUCUUCGUGGACAUCAUGUGACCGGCAGCGGCUGCCUCAGCCCCGUCCAAGGCAGGGCCCCAGCAGUCUUGACCAGACCGCUUGUGGGCUUGCCUUUGUGGGGACCGGCCAGGGUGGGUGGUGGGCAGGCAGGAGGUGAGGGGCCGAGGGCAGCCUGGCCGCUGUGGCCAGAGUCUGGCGGCAGUGCGGGCUCUGUCUGAGCACAUGGCGUGGGGGCUCCAUCCUGUCACCGGGUGGGUAUUGCCUGGCCCCUCACCAGGACAAAGACCCUCAGGCUCCACGUGCCCCCCAGCUGCGCACAGGCCCUGCCCAUCCGGCCUGGCAGGUGGAGUCAGAGCCUCCCGGCCCCCGUGGCCACCUGGAGGGGGAUCUAAUUUAUUUAUUUAUUGACUGGCCGUGGCACCUGGUGCCUGCCACCCACGGGUGCAGUUGGCAUGUUUCCCCUUCUGCUGGGGAGGGCAGGUGGUGUCUGAACACGUGUGGAAGACAGGGAGGUGGAGGGUGGGCACCUGCCCACUGUGGCUCAGCCAGGACGGGGGCACGUGGCCGGGGGCACUUGGCCACGGACCAGGGACACUGAUGGCAUGGCCGCUGCAGGGAGGGUCUCAGGCGGCCAGGCUGUUGGCUGGCCCAUCCUCACUGUCCCGGUGGUGGCUGCCCGCCCCUGCCCCCUGGCCUGGCCCGGCCCGGUCCUGCGUGUCUGCUGUAGAUUCCGUGUCCAAGUCCCAGAGUGUGGACAGUUAACAUAGAGCUGCUUCUGUGUACAUGCUAUUUUAAACACUAAAAAGCGUUUAAUUUUAUGGGACUGACUUUA